AGUAACAUAUGGUUCAUGAAUGUAGUUAAGGAAUAAUGGCAAAUGUUUUCACUGCAGCAAACUUACUGCCACGGUCGACAACACUGUCUGAUUAUAGGGGCCACGAUGCCACGAAACAUCGCGUGUACCCUCGAAUAUUGUCCCCUACCAGGCGAGCUAAUCCGCACCCUAUUGGAUUAAAAUAUCAGCUAAUCACUCAGAAAAAACCGUCUUACGGUAUUUGGCAUCCCGAUUUCCAUCAAAUAGGACAGAGGAUGCCUGAUAUGCUGAAACAUUUAGGUCACGUGAACUUCACAUGCUCAUUGCCAGUCAUCCACAAGUUGGAAUAUGGCAAACCCCCCAACAUCAGAUAUACGGAGACUACCACGGCCCGGAGAAGCUAUGUCCAGCCCUGCCGAUUCCCGCAACUGGUCAAGAUGAACCCUCACUCCAGGAAGACUAGAUAUGGCUACACCCCAGCGGCCUGUCGCAAGCCAGUCAAAGGAAUAGUGCCCAACUUGGAGUUGAAAGAAUAUGACCCAGUCCCCGAACUCUGAAACACAUUCAAAAUUCCACGCAGUAUAUAUCCAAUGCCCGUUUUAACUAAAUGAAAAAAUAAAACAAUAU